CCUCGGACGUGCGGAAGCAGGGGGGACCUUUCAAAGAACAUUUUAGAAGCCACGAAGAUCGGUUUAGGAAGGAAGAAGUUUCGAGGUGGAGGAGAGCUAUGGAAAAAGCUGGUGGAAUUGCUGGUUGGGUUUUCAAUAACAGGUGGUAUAUACUCAUAUAGGGGUAGAAAAAAUCUCUCUAAUGAACCUGCUUUCACAAAACCCUAGUGCUUGUGGUUAUCAAGAUUCAACAUGGAAUAUAAUACCAAUACCCUAUAUAUGCAUCGAUCCUAUUGUUUGAGUUGUUAUGUUUCAUGUUGUUACGAAUUUAUACAAAGAUCUUGUGAUUUUUUUUUUUUUUUUGAGAUUGCUGAUCAGAUCGGAGAUGCGUCCAGGGUUUGAGUAGCCCCAGUGAUGCGUAUGAGGGCUUAAUUGUGUUUUCUGGUUGAAAUUAAGCAGCUUGUAAUAGUUUACUGGGUUGAGGAGUUGUUUGUGGCAACCAAUCCAAAAUAAUACUAUUAAAUGCUGUUUAAGGAAUCUUUGGAAAUUGUUAAUUAAUAGGCGACACCUCUGGCGGUAUGAUGUCCCUCUGCACUAUGCAAUUCUUUAAUGGCUCUCUAGAUUUUGUUUAUUCAUAUUUGGGGACGUUUUAGCAUAAGCCUAUUGACUUUCACAAAUGGGCAAUGGCGGACCUACAUGGGGCUAGGGGGCCUGGCCCCCCCAACCCUCAGAAUUUUUCUCAAAAAAAUUCUAAAAUUCUAAAAUAAAUAAAAUAAAAUAAAAUUUUGUCCUUAAUUUUUUUUACUUUUUUAGGUUUGCCCUUCCAAUUUUUUUUUCUUUCAAUUUGGCCCUCCCAUAUUUGCAAGGCUGGGUCCGCCACUGCAAAUGGGGGAGUUUUUUUAUUUGUGGUAGAGAUUUCCAUUUUGUUUCCGCACUUUCUUUUCCAUCUGGUGUGCGAAAUGCGUGAAGUGAUGAGUCAUCUAUUUAAAUGGGUCUAUCGUAAUCAUCUAUUUUAUUUGCAUCUUGUACCCUGCUUUUCCUUUUAAAUUAGUUGUUUAUUUCAUCUAUUUUUCAUGCAUUGAUGUUAAAACAAAUCAGUCUUUAGAACUUCUUAAGACUUCUUGAGUGAUUACGAUAGACCCAAUGUGGGGUUUCUGCAAAACCCUAAGAACGCAAACAUGGAGCGAGAUAACUUUGACAUCACAAAAGAUUUGACAAUAUCUCACCAAAGGUUAGAUAUGAAGCAGCAACAGCCCGGUACAUCUCACCCACAGUUGCAAUUCAUAUGACUUAUACUGUCUAGACAAAUAUGCAUAUAGAAGCCGAUGGUUUGGCAUCAUCAUUUGGUCAUUCAGCAGUUGAUGUGGCUUACAGGCUUCAGUUAAGCAAUGAGGCGCAAGCGCAGCUAAUUCAAUCGUUAGUCAAAAAGGUGUUGACUGAACUGGCAAAUACUCCAGUGGGUCUGGCUACAUAUACAGUUGGACUUGAUUUUCGUCUUCAAGAAGUGAUGAGUUUGUUAGAUGUUAGAUCCAAUGGCGUUCGAGUUCUUGGAUUAUAUGGUAUGGGUGGUGUUGGUAAGACAACCCUUGCCAAGGCUCUUUGUAAUAAACUUGUUGGUCACUUUGAUUGCCUUAGUUUCAUUUCAAAAGUAAGAGAAAAUUCUGCAAAUGACGAUGGUAUAGUAUCCCUUCAGAACAAACUUAUCCAUGAUCUUUCCUCUGGUAAUGUUGCUGGAUAUUCUAUCGAUACAAUCAAAGAAGUAGUUCAUGAGAAGCGAGUUCUUGUUGUUUUAGAUGAUAUUGACAAUGUGACUCAGCUUGAUUUACUUAUUGGGAGAAGAGAAUGGUUUUUUGAAGGAAGUAGAAUCAUCGUCACCACAAGAGACAGAGAAGUUCUACCCAAGCAUCUUGUGAAUUCAUUUUUUGAGGUCAGGGAGUUGGGAAACUCUGAGGCACUACAGCUUUUUAGCUACCAUGCACUAAGAAGGGACAAACCCACAGAUCAACUUUUUGAUCUUUCCAAAAAAAUGGUGUCUCUUACAGGAGGUCUACCGUUGGCUCUGGAAGUAUUUGGUUCUUUUUUGUUUGAUAAGAGGAGAAUAGAGGAGUGGGAAGAUGCUCUGAGAAAGUUGGAACAAAUUCGUCAACCCGAUCUUCAGGAUGUGUUGAAGAUAAGUUUUUAUGGGUUAGAUACACAAGAGAAGUGUAUAUUCCUUGAUAUCGCAUGUUUAUUCAUUAAAAUGGGAAUGAAGAGAGAAGAUGUAAUUGAUGUAUUGAAAGGUUGCGGCUUUAGGGCUGAGAUAGCAAUCAGAGUCCUCACAGCAAAAUCACUCAUUAAGGUUGCUGAGGACAAUACUUUGUGGAUGCAUGAUCAAGUUAGAGACAUGGGAAGACAAAUUGUUAUAGAGGAAAAUCCUGUGUAUCCUGGUAUGCGAAGUAGACUGUGGGAUCGUGAUGCAAUCAUGACUGUCUUGAAGCGUGAGAAGGGAACAGGAUGUAUACAAGGGAUCAUCCUAGACUUUGAUAGGAGGCCCUUGUCGAAUGAUCCAAGUGUUGAAAGAAUUUCUUGGGAAAACCUCAAAAGAGCACCCAAUGUCACCUCUACGUUAACAUACUUGGAAGAAAGGUAUAAGAAGUAUCUUCAAAAUAAAGCAGAGAAACAGAGGGAGGUAGUAAUACACACAAAGUCCUUUGAAUCUAUGGUUAAUCUAAGACUUCUGCAAAUCAAUAAUACGAGAUUGGUAGGAAAGCAUAAAUAUUUUCCUACACAACUGAAGUGGCUACAAUGGCGAGGAUGUCCUUUUAAAAGUCUUCCUUCUGAUUUUUGUCCUCGGGAACUUUCUGUCCUUGACCUCUCGGAAAGUAAAAUUGAACAAGUGUGGGGCUGGUAUAGUAACAAGGUGGCUGAGAAAUUGAUGGUUAUGAAUCUCCGCGGUUGCUAUAAUCUUGCUGCCAUUCCUGAUUUAUCUGGGCAUCAAACCUUGGAAAAGCUUGUUCUUGAGCGCUGCCUCAGUCUAAUAAAGAUUCAUGAAUCCAUUGGAAACGUGAGGACAUUACUUCACUUGAACCUGGGACAUUGUUCGAACCUUAUUGAAUUUCCCUCUGAAGUCUCUGGGCUGAAAAAUCUAGAGAACCUUAUACUCUCUGGCUGCUCAAAGUUGAAAGAAUUGCCAAACGACAUAGGCAGCAUGAGAUCUCUGAAAGAACUUCUUGUUGAUGACACUGCUAUAGCAAAGCUACCUGAAUCCAUUUUCCACCUUACAAAACUUGAAAAGCUUAGUCUGAAUGGUUGCCGGUUCUUAGGAAGACUACCCAACUGCAUUGGAAAGCUGUUGUCCCUGCAAGAAUUCUCUCUUAAUGGUUCUGCUAUAAAGGAAAUACCUGAUUCUGUUGGAACUUUGGUUAACCUUGAGAAACUGAGUUUAAUGUGGUGUAAAUCACUCACUUCACUACCUGAUUCUGUUGGCAAUCUCAUAUCAUUGACAGAACUUUUAACCAAUGGUAGUGCAAUCAAAGAACUACCUGCUUCUAUUGGAUCGUUAUCAUAUUUGAAGGCCUUGUCAGUUGGAAACUGUCAGUUUCUGCACAAAUUGCCUGAUUCAAUUGAAGGAUUAGCUUCUGUUGUUGAGCUUCAGUUAGAUGGCACAUCAAUCACAAGUCUGCCAGAUCAGGUAGGUGCCAUGAAAAUGCUAAGGAAGCUUGAGAUGAGAAAAUGUAAAAGUCUUAGGUCUCUACCAGAAUCAAUUGGAAGCAUGUUGGCUCUUACUGUUUUGAAUCUAUUUAAUGCCAAUAUUUCUGAAUUGCCGGAAUCCAUAGGGAUGCUAGAAAAUCUUAUUAUUUUAAGAGUGAAUAAAUGUACAGAGCUCCGUAAACUUCCUGAUUCAAUAGGACAUUUAAAGUCUCUGCACCACUUGCACAUGGAAGAAACUGCUGUGACAGAAUUGCCUGAAAGCUUUGGGAUGCUCUCAAGCUUAAUGACAUUAAAAAUGGCUAAGAAGCCUCAUUUUCAGUUAGCUGGAAAAAGCAUGCCUGAAGAGGUUUUAGUUGCAACUGCACAAGAGAAACAAAAUCCUGGAACACUUCCGACUUCUUUUUCCAAUUUAUGCUUGCUUGAACAACUGGAUGCUCGUGCUUGGAAACUAUGUGGGAAAAUACCUGAUGAUUUUGAGAAGUUGUCAUCUUUGGAGAUUUUGAAUCUAGGACACAAUAAUUUCUUCAGCCUUCCAUCCAGCUUGAGGGGCCUUUCCAUUCUCAAAAAGCUUGUAUUGCCCUACUGCCAAGAGCUCAAGUCUCUUCCUCCACUUCCCUCUAGCUUGCUGGAGGUGAAUGUUGCAAACUGUACCGCACUGGAAAUAGUGUCUGAUCUUUCAAGCUUGGAAAGCUUGUGCGAGCUGAAUCUUACAAACUGUGAGAAGGUGGUGGAUAUUCCUGGCCUUGAAUGCUUGAAGUCCUUGAGAAGGUUGUUCAUGAGUGGCUGCAAAACAUGCUCAUCUGUGGUAAAAGGAAGACUUUCUAAGGUUUCUUUGAGGAAUCUGCGCGCUCUUGGUAUGCCUGGGAGAAAAAUUCCGGAUUGGUUUUCUAAAGAAGUGGUUAGAUUUUCAGAGCGUAAAAACCGUAAGAUCAAAGGUGUCCUGGUAGGUGUUGUGGUCUCUCUCAACCAUCAAAUUCCAGAUGACUUAAGAGACCAGCUCCCUUCAAUGCCAUGUAUAAGAGCAAAUAUCAUCAACCUGAAUAAAAUUUUGUUCAGUACAGUGCCGGAGUUAAUGGGGGUUCCAAAGACGCAUGAUGAUCAUAUUUAUUUGAUUCGAUAUCCAGCCUGUCAUCCAUUAGUUUCCAAGUUGACAGAAGGUUAUGAGAUACAGGUGACCGAGCAAGAUCCACCAUAUAUUAAGGGGGUUGAGGUGAAACAGUGUGGGCUUUAUUUGAUUUGGGAAGGUGAGGAUGAUUUUGAAGGAGAUGAAGAUUCACUGGACGAGACUCAACUAUCGAUUUCAGAAAAGUUAGCAAAGUUUUUCAGCUCUCCUGAAGAGGAAGACCACAUCUCUGAAUCCGGCCCUGUAGUUGAAAGGCAAGUGCAAGAGCCUGAGGAACAAGAAGAAAUAGGAAGAGAGUCGUUUUGGUGGGGCUUCUUGCGGCUUGUUCGAGGGUGCUUUUGCUUUCAAUAAGAAGCUGCCUACCCGCAACCCAUUUGGUGGUCACACUGGUCAGGUCGUGAUUGUGAAGGUAGGGUUCAACUGUUCAUGUUAGUUCCCUAGAGACGGUUCAUAUUUUUACUUAUUUUUGCGGGUAUUGCUAUUUUUUACACUCAUUUAUACCCGUUGACAUGACUUGCUUUAAGUGGCUUUUUAUGACAGUUACUUAAAAAAAAAAAAAAUCCACUUAAAAUACUCCAUGUUAGCUAGUGUGAUAAAUGAGGGUGAAGAGUAGCAUCACUCUAUUUUUUCUAUUUAAUUUGUAUUCUCACAGAUAAAAGUGGAAAUAACAUUGCAAGGAAAAAAAAAAAAAAAAACUUUCAUUCAUUGA